AUGGAGAUCACUGCAGCAGCACAAGCAGCUAAUGCACUUCAGUUCAUAUUGGCGCUGCCAGAGGGCUACGACACCAUCGUUGGCGAGCGAGGAGUUCAGUUAUCUGGAGGACAGAAGCAGAGGAUAGCCAUUGCAAGGGCCAUCAUCAAGGAACCAAAGAUCCUUCUGCUUGACGAGGCCACCUCUGCUCUAGAUGCAGAGUCAGAACGGGUGGUUCAAGAUGCACUAGACAAAGUAAUGGUGAACAGAUCUUCCAUCGUCGUUGCGCAUCGUCUCCCAACGAUUCAAGGUGCAGAUUUGAUUGCGGUGAUAAAAAAUGGUGUGAUUGCGGAGAAGGGGAAGCAUGACGAGCUCAUGAGUAGGAAGGACGGGUUGUAUGCAUCACUUGUGACACUGCAUAAUGGUUCGUGUUGA